AUGGCGCUCUCCGUCGUGCUCGCCGCCGUUGCUGUCGCGACUCCCAGAGCCGCGCUGCUAAACGCAAUCGCGCCGCUCGACCGCGGCUUCUCUGCAAAGCCUGCGGACCGAAAAGCGGUGGCGGCGGCGAUAGACGUGCUGGCAAAGGCCGCGCCGGCGCAGCAGGCCGUCCCCGACAUUGGCGGCGACUGGGAGCUGGUGUACACCGACGCGCCCGAUAUCCUCGGCCUCGAUGCGCAGGCGGGGCCUUUCGUGCGGUGCUCGCGGAUCGGGCAGCGGAUCAGCGAAAGAGAGGGCACGAUCGAGAAUGUGAUCGAGUACGAGCCGCGUGAGUGGGCGACCUCGCUCUUCUCCAACCUCAAGGGCGACCGGCUGCAGCAGCGCGUGGUCACCUCCUUUGCUCGCCGCGAGGGCAAGCCAGCGACCGUCGACCUCAAGAUCCGGGGCGUGCGGCUGCUGCCGAGGCAGGCGCUGGGCGUGUCGCUCGAGAGUGCGCCUCCGCUGCAGUUGCUCGGGCCGCUCGAGCCGCCCUUCGGCUCUUUCGAAGUGCUCUAUUGCGAGGGGCCUGAGGGGCCGCCCCUCGCAGAGGGCGACUCUGCGGCCGACGAGUCCCUCGACCUUCUCUGCAGGCAGGCCUCGCUGACAGUGGUGCGCACGCAGCAGGGAUACUUCUCGAUCAACCGGCGGGUCGGGCCGGGAGAGGGCUGGGGCGCAGACUAG